AUGUCGUCGGAGAUAUCGAUAGGUGACGAGAUCAAGGAUGGUUUCAAGGAAACUUUCAAAUGGGUUCAGAACAAUCUCAAAUGGCUCUCAGAGCUCGAAGCUUUCUACAGGGAGCGAGCUAAACUCGAAAAAGAAUAUAGCGGCAAACUUGCACAUCUGACUAGUGAGUAUUUCGGUAAAAAAAGUGCUUUCACAGUUAUGUUGUCAGUGGGUGACACACCAACUACAACACCCGGGUCACUAGAAGCUGCGUCUUUGGUGGCCUGGAAUGAAAUUCUAUCGCAGACGGAAAAAAUGUCGCAAGAUCACAACCAAUUGGCACAGGAGUUUGAGUUUCAGGUGGGAGAUCAGCUUGUGGCGCUAAGUCGAAAAUGUGAGCUUCUAGCAUCGACAAUCAACGGUUCUAAUAACGCUUUGGUUGAGAAACGCGAUAAAGCGUAUUCCGGACUAGAGAAGGCCAAAAAGCUGUACGACGAGAAGUGUACCCAGAUGGAGAGUGCCAGGGCCAAACAGACCAAAUCAUCAAGCGACAGGACUCAGCGUAAGGCUGAUGAUAGGGAGCAUGAGAUGAAUAUAGCCAAAAAUCAGUAUUUGGUCAAAAUCAAUCAAGCAAACAGAAUUAAGGACAAAUACUAUUUCCAAGAUGUACCGGAAGUGCUAGACUUGCUGCAGGACUUGAACGAAAGUCGCACACGGUCGUUGAAAACCAUUUGGGCGACAGCAAGCUCUGUGGAAAGAGAGAUGUGCAAACGUAUUGAAGCAAGGUUAUCGACGGCAGAUUCUGUGGUUGCACAGAACAAACCCUCAUUGGACUCUACAAUGUUUGUAAAGCACAAUUUGAAAGACUGGAAAGAACCGGCAGACUUUCAGUACGUGCCCUCUUCUGUCUGGCACGACGAUGAACAAUUUUCAGUAUCAUCUGGUGCAGAAUUGCAAGAUUUAAGAGUAAGACUAGCAAAAGCCCAGCAAACUUAUGAUCAAAUGCACGGUUUCGCGACCUCGGAACUUGAAGAUCUGAGCUCGUUGAAUAAACAGAGACAGGGAGUAAGGGCACAGGAAAAUGCCAAUGGAGAACAAGCAUUGGCACUGCUUUCAAAAUACGCGAGAUCUUUGACGUCUUACACGUCUCAUGAAUCUUCAAAACUCGAGGCGUUGGUGGAAAUCGAGAGCAUUCAAAACAACGUACCCGAAGAGCACGACCUCAGUACAGAUGGAAUCGACCUCGACAAGCUAGGGAAAAAAUCCGGCGUUUUUAACAGAUUCAAGAAAAGCUUAACCAUUUCAUCAGAUAAAAAGAGUGUUGCGGAAGACACUGGAGACAUGUCAUCGGCAAUAUCAUCAGAAUCAAAGGGAAGACAAAGUCACCACGGUUUGUCCUUUUUGCGCGGUAGAAGCCGAGCCAAAACUAACGAUUCAAGCUUUUCUGCGAAUACUGGAGGUGACGCGAACAACUCAGUGGAGCAGACAGAUUCUACUAAAAAUGCCGUCCUCUACGACUACCAAAAGCAAGAUGAUGAUGAAGCAAGUGUUUCCGUUGGUGAUGGUUUUUCAGUAUUGACUUUAGAUACAGGUAGUGGCUGGACAAAAAUCAGGAAUGAAAGUACGGGUGAAACGGGGCUUGUUCCAAGCACUUAUAUCGAAGUGCGUGAGAAGCCUCGCACAAAUGCUCCGCGUGCUCCACCACCCCGAAAAUCCGCCGCGAGUCGAACGGUACAGGCCAUUUAUGGUUAUGAAGCUGAGGAAGAGGGUGAGCUGUCAAUCCAGACGGGAGACAGCAUUAACGUCCUACGAGAUGACGAUGGAAGUGGAUGGACCUUCGGUGAGGUCCGCGGGGUAAAAGGCUUGUUUCCCACAAGCUACUGCAAGUGA